AUGAGUAAAAAUUAUUCAGAUAAUUCUGGAUCGUUUGAAAAUUAUGCAGAUAAUUUAAAGAGGGAUGAAUUAAUGAUGGAUAGUGGAUAUUGUGAUGAUGAGAGUACAAUGCCUGUUGCAUCACUGUCGUCUCCUUCCACCGUUGACUCUUCGACUACACUGACUACUGUUACUACGAGUAACAGUGGCGGUAGUACUAGCGGCAGCUGUAAACCAAUAUCAAAUCUUGUAAAUAUUCAUCCUUGCCCGCCUAAAUUAGAUAUACGCUGUCAUAAUAUUCGACCUAAUACGUCUUCUUCUUCGUCAUCAUCUAUACCUUUUGUUUCCAAUACUUCUGUUGUAAUCACUGUUGGUGCUGCGAUUCCUACGACGAAUGCCACUUCAUCCUGCAUUACUACCACUACUACUAACAGUACCAGGAGUAGUAGUGGUAGUAAUGAUAACAAUUCUAUCAUCACUAACAGUAAUAAUAAUAAUACUCACUGUCUUAUACUCAGUACUAAUGAAGAUCAUAAUCAAUCAAUUUUAGUACUUAAACCGGAACCUGAGGCCAGUGGGGCGUCUAGAUGUGCUACUACUGCUACUACCAGUAGUACUAAUACUAUCACUACAGUUACUGGCUCUACACCAUCAACAACAACAACAACGACAACAACGGCGAUAACAACAACCACGGUGACACCAUCAGUAGGUACAACAACAACAACAACAACCAGUGUAACACGCCUUAUCUCCCGACCAUCAACUCUUCUACCGUUAUCAACAUUGUCAACAUCGACAACAUCAGCCCAGCCAUUGGAUAUGUUGAAGGCUCAACGUCAAGCAUUAUCUAAAGUAGCUGAUUGUGUAAAUCAAGUGAUACCAUCAUUGUCGAAUACAUCAACAUCAUGCUUUUGGUCAUCAAAUGAUUUACAAAAUCUGUCACCUAUACUUACACCAUCAACAUGGAAAUUAUUAAAAAAUCUGACUUCUGCAAGUAAUAAUAACAGUAGUAUUGGUAAUAAUAAUAACAAUAAUAACAAUGGUAAUAAUAAUAAUAGCAGUAGUAGUAGUAGUGGUAGUACUAUUGGUAGUAAUACUAUUCAACAAUCUUUCCUUUUAACACCAACACUAAGUCCUCUUUAUUCUGCCUUACCCGCACAAACAUUUACAUCAUUAACAAGUAUGGAGACAUUAGGAUCUAUAAACAAUAAUAAUAAUAGUAAUAAUAUCAGUACAACGAUAGGUGAAUUGAAUUCACUAUCAAAUGUAAAUAAUACUAGUCAAUCUGUUAUUAGUGGUCAGCAUACAAAUGUUGCAUCAUUGUUGUUCAGUACUAAAGUUGCUUCGAGUAACUGUGAUAGUAGUAAAAAUGAGUUAUCAAGUCAUCUGCAUCAUCCUUCACCUCUUUCUACUAUUACUAAUACUACUACAACAACCACUACUCAUCAUCAUCAUCAUCAUCCUCAUCAUCAUCAUGGCAACAGCAAUGAUGAACUUAGUCAUUCUGUACAAAUACAACAAUCAACUCAAUUAAAUGGACAAUGA